UGGCGUAUGGAUUUACUUCCAAGCCAGGAAACAGAUAGAUAGAUCACCAAGCAACACAACAUAACCUCGUCAAGCCAAGUCGAGCGGAUCACGCUUGUUUUGUCAGCCAGCAAGGACCGUGAGUCGCGAGAAAUCAUGCCGAUGCAAUGGCAAAACUUCCUCGACGUCCUCGGUCGCAAAAUGCGCUCCUCUCGAUUGGCUAGUGACAUAGCCUUAAAGACCAAGAUAAAUCGCGAGGACGAGCUAAUGUCAUACUUGGUGACCGAUCAUGAAAUUAUAAAGCUUAUAUCUAUGUGGCUAGACGAGAUGCAUAGCAAAAAAGAGGGCAAAUGCUCUGAGAAGGCAGCAAUAUUUAAAUUGGUCGGUAAUCGGGAAUUUCAGUCCAAAAAGUAUGCUUUGUCAGUGAGUACGUACACAAAGAGUGCAAUAUAUGCACCAGCUGACAGCGAAGACCUCUCAGUGGCGAUUGCCAACAGGUCUGCUUCUUUGUUCUACUUGGGCAAGUAUCACGACUGCAUCAAAGAUAUCGAGUUGGCGACUAAAUUGAAGUAUCCCCGGAAAUUAUGCUACAAAUUGUACGUACGCGCGGUUCAGUGCUAUUUAAAGCUAGGUAAGAAAGAAUACGCCAGGACCGCGCUUCAUCAGCUGCGUACACUGAUAAACGAAUAUGAAGACAUGCCGAACGCAAAGAAAGGAAAUUUGAAAGAGGCUUUAGAGAAGCAGCUAGACCAAUUAUCGUCCUCCGUAUCGUGCAUGGUGGACACGAGCGACGAUGUCACAGAUACCACGGAUACCACAGAAACUCACUUACUACCCGAAAUUUCGUGCGGCGAAAACCCGAAUUUGUCGUCCGCGUCGACGGCCGUAGACAUUAAAUACACGCCGCAAAAGGGCCGACACAUAGUAGCUAAUAGAGAUGUCAAGAGAGGCCAGACUCUCUUCGUCGAGAAGCCCUUCAGUUUCGUGAUACUGGAGUGUGAGGGAAUGAGUGACUUAUGUGAGAAUUGUUGCCGCUCGUACGGCAAAAAUCCCACACCGUGUUCAGGAUGCCUUGACACUUUGUUUUGCGACGCAAACUGUUGGAACAAGGCGUACUCGUCUUAUCAUCGCUGGGAGUGCGCGGGCAAUCAGAUGAGUCUCUGGCAGCAGAUAGGAGUGGCGCACUUGGCCUUAAAGACGUUGCUCAAGUGCACGACGACGACCGACAGUAAUAUGUUUAACAGCAUACAGCAGCUAGUGACUGGUUUCGAUAAUCUCUCGGCGAACGACCUUAUUGUAUAUGGAAUCACGGCAACUAUGCUCACACUGUAUCUAACAAAGUACACAGAUUAUUUUAAAGUUUUCAAUGUCAGAGAACAUCUAGUGUCGAAGUUUACCGACAACACUUUCAACUUCAACAAUGAUCUCGCGUCAGAGAGCGAUGAACAAGUAUAUGUAAGUUCUCUACUACUGAGGCACGUUUUACAGCUUAUUUGUAACGGGCAUGCUAUCACAAAGCUAAACAAGAUAGCAUCAGAUAAAGAUAAGCUCUGUGUCGAGCAACAAGAUAGAAUAGCUACAGCGAUUUAUCCUUCUGCGAGCAUGAUGAAUCAUUCUUGUGAUCCUAAUAUAAUUACUAGCUUCGUGGACCAAUAUUUAAUAGUGAGAGCCAUGAAGGAUAUCGCGGCGGGUGAAGAGGUCUUCAAUUGUUAUGGGCCUAACUUCAGGAGAAUGUCGAAAGAGCACAGACAAGAGAUCCUGAAGAACCAGUACGGCUUCACAUGCAGAUGCGAGCCGUGCGUUAUGCCGGAGUACGAGAAUUUCAUGGAUAGAUUUCAUGCGAUCAAGUGCCCAGAAUGCGACGGUGCGUUGGAGGAGUUUCACUCCUAUUCCAUGCACUGCUUAGACUGCGGAGCGACGCCCUUCAUUAAUUGUCAAAUAGAGCUGAAGAAUGCUGUAACCGCCUUCGACGCGGCGCAAAUUUAUAUCGAGCUCGAGCGCGAGGAGGAAGCGGUGAUGAAAUUGAAAGAAUGUUUGAGCAUUAGGAGAAACUUGUUAUACAAGUAUCAUCAGGAUAUCACUGCCACCUUGGAUAUACUAGGCAAAGUAUACGCCAUUAUGGGACGAUGGCUCGAAUCUAUUUCGUACAUAGAGCACAGUAUCGCUGCGAUCGAGGAACGAUACGGCUCUUCGAGUAUAGAAGUCGCCAACGAAUUAAACAAAUUAACGGACAUAUGUAUUAGAUACUUACAGGAUGAGCCUAAUAAAACAACAAAGUGGUACAAAAAUAUCUUGAAGAAAACGCGACGGUAUCUCGACCGUGCCGAAGAGAUAGUAAAUUUCACCUACGGUCCAUGGCACGAAAUUUGCCAGGAGAUCAACGAGAAGAAGACUACACUCGCUAAUAUUUUGAAAGACUACAACAUCUAACACUGAUCUGUAAAUCGUAUGAGAUAUGAGUGAAUAAAUGAUGCACGGCAAAGCUUUUACAUA